AUGCUCCCUGUUGCAAAGCCAGCUGGAAGUAACGUAACGGCAGCAGCAGCAGCAGCAGCAGCAGCAAGAGUGGAAGCAACGGCGGCAGAAGCAGCAGCAGCAGCAGUUGCAGCAGCAGCAGUUGCAGCAGCAGCAGUUGCGGCAGCAGCAGUUGCAAGCAGUGGCCCCUUCAGCACAAGCGAAUGCCGAGGCAAACUGGAGGAGAUGAGUCCACCCCGGGCGGAGCAGCAGCAGCAGCAGCAGCAGCGGUGGCAGCAGCAGCAACAAUAG